AUGAGAAGGUGCCUAUGCCCCGGCGGCCUCUUACGAAUAGGUCGUGGGUCAAUAACUCCUCGUCGACGUGUCAUCCCUCAUACUGCGAUAUAUCGCCUCCAGGCCCGGCCUUCAUCGACGACAUGCAACAUACGGCCUAAAGAUUACGCGCUUCUUCUCACAUAUAACACCUUACCGCCUUCUCCUCUCCGGUCGUCGCUCAAGUACAAGGUCGAUUCCUGGUUACCACUCUUAGAGAAAUGUGUCCCACCAGCACAAGGGGGCAAAAAUCCUCCUGGUAAGCUUGAGGCUUGCCUUCUAGGCCAUGCGGACACUUUUGAUAGAAGUCAUGCUUUGAAGGCAUACCUUUAUCAUGCCAGAACGGCCAAAUUGAAUCUCCUCAACCAUCUGGGUUUCAAUAUGGGGCAGUGGUCGUAUGUAUACCGCCUCCUGGGCAGUUUUAUCGACACAUACGAAGUGCUCAUUCCUUUCAUGACCCCUCAAUGCCCAUCCUCGCGCCUCACUUGGGGAAACACUGGACUUUCUCUCGAGGAGCUGACAAGGGCUCCUCCUGGUGAUCUUAUAAUUAAACGCGAGUUAAUCCCGAUGCGUCCGCCUUCUGAAAAUAUCCCCCUCAGAACCCUAUCUGGGGCCCGGCCAGCAGUACGGGACUUUGCUCGCUCAUUCUUGGGGGAAAUAUUGGUGAAUCUUGGUUCGUUGGUACUGGAAGCUGCAGAUCGACCAGCAAUUGAGUCCGAGCUUGCAAUGUCAUGUGUUUACCGCGUCCUAGCUCGUUUGCACCACCUAGAUUUGGUUUCCAACAGAGUUUACCAAUCUCCAGAAGACAAAACAAAUAGCUUUGCAAUCCGACCACCCGGGCUGCAUUUGCUUACGGGUCACAUCAUGAGUGUCCUUUCUGACGCAGCAUGGUUGGAACACGAGUCCACACUUGCCACCGCAGCCACCGAGGCUGGGGAAGAACCCCCUUUCGUUUCUUUCAAAAUUGGAGUUCGAGAGUUGGGUCAUGAGAUCUGGUUAGAGCUUAUCCUUUGGUGCUGUGUGGAACACGGAUUCAACAGACAGGGCGCUUGGUUGGUGCGUCAAAUGUGCGAGCGCAAAUCCCAGUCGAGCUGGAAGAUCGAGAGCUGGGCCCCUCUUAUGGAGGCUCUCGAUCUUGUAAAACAGACCAACAUUAGCACUGAGCAAGUCUGGCGUCGUCCGGGCCAGGAAAGCCCAACGGUGACGCCCAAGGGCUCCAAGAAGCCCCCGUUCAGCGGACUUGGCACAAAAACAAUCAGUUCUGAAGUGGUUUCCAGCUUACGAAAUGGGCUAUCUGACAUCGCUUAUAAUGGCGUCGGUUUCCAUGGCUUGUCUCCUUCCGAGCUGCUCUUCCACUCCAAGUCUCUAACCGCUUUACUUGACCCACCCGGUCCAGCUGACGAUCUCCGUCCGACCAGAAGAGUAUCCACCGAGCAUAUUAUUCGAAUCAUUGAAUCUGGCUGUUUAGAACCGAUGGAGGAUCCAAUCGCGUUGGAGAAAGUGUUACGGUCUACUCAAAACCUUGUACCUCCGUGGGAGACUGAUCCAGUUCCCUCAACGGUGGACCUGAAAAACAUGACGAGAGCACAGCUUUAUGACCAGACAGCAGCUCUAAGUGGUCUAGUCCAAUACAACAUCAAAGGCUACAGCUACAAACGCCAAGCUACCCUGGCCUUCAUCCAGUAUGCUUUCCUUCAAAACAUCGUCGAUGCCAGCAAGGUCCACCACAUACAGGCAUUCUUUGACCAUCUCACUCAAUCUCAAUCGAUGGACGUACCCUUUUUCGAUUCACGGCAACUAAACACGUCUCAAUUACUGCAGUCGUCUCUCCCCCAGUUGUCUCUCUCAACUUUGGCCGAUUUGCUUGAUUUGGCAACUGCUAUUCGUGCUGUCGACUUUGGAAACUGGUUGCUCUUUAAUGAUGAUCUUGAUGGUCCCUCGAUUCCACCAGCUCUUUAUGGCAAGCAAGUUAUAGCCUCGUCGAUUCUUCGUUUUGCGACCGCUACGCGAAAUAAUGAGUUGAGUCAAGCGGUGAUCAAAUCGCUGGAGUUCCCACUUGCCGUGAACACCCUUAAAGCGAUGGCUAAUGUACACAUUGAAUUUGGCGACUGGGCCCGCGCGAUUUUGGCCUUUGAGUACCUGCGUGACUACAGGCUUAAGUCUUGGGGCUUUAGUAAUAUCCUGAUUCUGGGAGCGAAGAUAGUCAGGCUUGAUGGUAUGUUAAAGCUACGCCAGGCCAAUGGGGCCGAAGAAGAAGUGCAACAAAGAUUGAGGCAAAGUCUCGACCACGGAAAACGACUUCUAAGUCGUUUCUUCACUGGGGAAUUCAAUACGCCUAAAAGCAAGAGUUGGAGACAACAUGAUUUCCAAUGGAGAGCUCUUCGGCGCGUACAGACGGUUUUCCGAGGAGUUCCUGGUGAAUUGGGAGCCCUCGCGGCGCAAACAAAACUUGACCGCACCUUUUCCAGCCGUGACAACAUACCUUAUGUUCCUGCUGCCUCUUUCCAUGUACUUCUCAACGCGAUACUUGAAGUCCACGGCUGCAAAGUGGGACAUAAAUUUGCGAUCCAGUGGCUCCAAACCGUCCCCAACCCAAAGGAGUGGCGCCAGAAAGAAGGCGGUGUCACCCGACUCAAUCUUCACAACGAGCGUGAUUUGAAACUGGGUAACCCCGAUUUCAGCAUGCCUUUCCAUAACCAUGUUAUGAAAAAGGCCGUCGUUCCAAAUCUGAACACGAUCCGCAUUAUUAUCCAAGCUGCCAUGCGUGAGCUUGAGGCAGAUCAGCAGAAGUCGAAGACUGGACAGCCUUCUAGUGAAGGUUAUAAACUUGACGUUCCAAGGGCGGUUUACAAGAACCUAACAGUGGAUGGCGGCAGACCGCCGGCUACUGAAGCUGAGGCCGUCCUCGACUGGUGUGCGGCUUUCCUCCUACGUUUCGGUAUGCGAGAAGACGAAAUCGAUUUGGAGAUGCCAGGCCACACGAGCCGCCUGCGGGCUCGAGGCGUUUUCACUUCACCGCAAGAGAAACGGAGCCGUGUCCGCGUCAAGGAGAUUCAGAGUAAUCCCUGGAUGAGCACCUUCAUUAAGGAAAUGGAUGUGAGCACAUAA